AGUAAAUAUAAGUUGCAACAGACGUAGAUGUGGACCCAGCACUGCAAGUUACGGGGGCCAGCUCACAGGUUUAAGCUGUUCCAGCUAUAGUGAGAAGACUUGGCUAAGUAUAGACAGUUGGAGAGGGAGAGGAAAGAUUAGCGAUGAUUAAGGGUCACUCUCGGUACGGUGGCCAGGUGAGCAGCAGCCUGCAGUGAGAGUGGAGAACCUAGUCAUAAAUAGCGUGCGCUUGUUCAGAUAUCUUGUCCUACACAACUUUAAGCAGAUGUUGGACUGAUUUUGAACACCUGCUGGAACGCGAGUGGAGCCUGACCGUUGGAGCCUUGUGAAUGUAAUUCCGGCUGGUGCUACAUUGCCAGCUCCUUUCACCCACAUCUCUGUCCAAUCUGCCUGGCGUGAGUUCACUCUGUACAAGAGCCAAAUGCCGAGAGCAGCCUCCAACCACAUGGAUAACUCCUGUCGGGCCUUGUGCCGAUCUCUGCUGAGCCAAAAUGGCCUUCAGCCUGAAGGCACAGACAUCUCUCAAUCAGUCCUCUACACGUCCCUCAUGGGUCUGCUGCUGGUGGCCGACAGGGAGAAAGAGGUACCUCUGGGCAGUGGACAGGUUGGACUGCGUAACGUGGGGAACACAUGUUUCCUGAAUGCCAUUGUGCAGUGUCUCUCACACACUCGGGGUCUUAGAGAUUACUGCCUGACUAAAUCCUACCUCCAGGACAUGUGCUCCAGCCAAGAGCCAGAGCUGAUGAAUGAAUUCACUAAAGUGUUAGAAGGUCUGUGGGAUGUAGAUGGAGGAGACACCACAGUGAAUCCUGGGAAGUUCUAUCGUGUCUUCAAAGAGGCAGUGCCUUACUUCAGUGGCUACAGUCAGCAGGAUGCUCAGGAAUUCUUGCGUUUCCUUUUGGACCAGCUGCAUACAGAAAUAAACCGGAGGCCUGCUCAGCAUCCCCCCAUCACUACCACUCCUGAGCCCACCUACACCCGGUUCAGGAUUUCAGAGGAGGCCUCCGCUAUGUGGAAGAGACAUCUUGACAGGGAUGACAGCAUGAUUGUAGAUCUGUUCUCAGGGCAGCUGCGCAGCUCUCUGCACUGUUCCGUCUGCUCACACUACUCCAACACCUUCGACGUCUUCUGUGAUCUGUCACUGCCGAUCCCAAAGAGGAGUGACUCCCGGGUAACUGUCACACUGAGAGAGUGUUUAGAUCUGUUCUCGCAAGAAGAGAAACUGGAGCAGGAGAAUUCGCCUAUGUGUGAAAGGUGUAAUCGUCGCACAGAGAGUACGAAAAAGCUGACCAUCCAGAGGUUCCCUAAAAUCCUGGUCAUACACUUAAACCGGUUUACCAUGACAAGGUUCUCAUUCUGCAAAAGCACAGUACCAGUGUCCUUCCCCCUCAAUGAUCUGGAUUUAGGACCUUUCGGACCGGUUGAUUGUGGUCCAGUGCUGUAUGAUCUAUAUGCUCUGUGUAACCAUGCGGGCACAGUGAACAUGGGACACUACACAGCUGCCUGUCGGGAGGAGGAGGGUUGGUGCUGCUAUAAUGAUUCCUGUGUUACGCAAAUAUCUGAAGACCAGCUUCAGUCCACUCAGGCCUAUGUUCUCUUCUACCAACUUAAAAGCAGCACGACCUCCAGGAAAUGAGUCCUUGGGGGCUAGUAGUUCAGGCACAUUCCAGCAAGAGCUUUUCAGCAAGCACCAAAGAGAGAUGAACUGUGGACCGAGCCAAGCUUCCUGAACAACACAAGCAGAAGCAAAGUAUCUGAUUCAACUUCUAGAACAAAAGUUAUGCAUUUCAACUCCAUCACCUCAAAUAUCAAUGUGUCAAUAUCAAUACCAUGUUAACUAUACAUAUUAAUUAAUGAGCUUUUUUAAAAAUUUUGGUUAAACAUUUGUCUUUUCUACUAGACCACUGUCAUUGCUUUUCUACCAAAAGUCAGUUUCAUGCAGUUUAGACCAGCAGCGACCUGUUAUUGUUGUAACAAACGUCUAUUUUGGCAUCUGUUUUCGUUUUUAUCAGUUAGUAGGCAGUGUGGAAGCACCCACAGCACAAUACAGACAGUGUUUUUGUUUUUCGACAGAGUUGUAUGUAUGAAGUGCAUUUCAAAUAGAUCUUUUGUUUAUGUUUUA